AUGGAGGGCCAGAACUCCAUCCACGACUACGAUGUUGUUGUUUCUUACAAUGAGAAUGAACUCAACAACUUUCUGCUACAGAGAGCGGCUGAGGUUGGAACUCCAACAUCGGAAGGCUUGAAGUGGGUUGAGCACACCAAGGGUACAGUACCACCCACCCCCAUUCAUGACUUUGACGAGGAAUACACGAACACUCUCGAGGUAGCCUUCGGCAGCCCGUCGCUCCAGAUUCUGGACCGGGAAGGGAACAUCACCUUCUCCGCCCCUAUGACUGGCUCAAAGACAGUCGUACGGGAUAGCGACGGGAGGGAAAAAAUCACCAAGUUCGCAAACGUGAAGGUUGUCAUCACUGCCAGUCUAUCUACCGUCAGUGGCACCACCAACGCGGCCGGCAAAUUCACCCCUGACCCCUCCCCCGAUCCCUCCCGCGCCAACGAGGUAAGGAUCAUUGAGUCUGGAAACGACACGGCUCUUGGGGUUUGCAUUGACUUCCCGUCCCUCCUGGCGGUCGAUUUCUACAACGAUGGACAAGGGGGCAAUAGCCCUGACGACCUCGACCAGCUCACCAGCCUCGUCAAGGCCAAGAUUGAGCGGAGGUUUAAGGACUCUGGCUUCCAGUACUGCCUGGCCGGCCUAAACAAUGAGAAGCCACAAGAUCCCGCCGGAAUGAAGUUUACCCUCAACUUACCGUCACACGAGAUCAAAGCCGACGGUUAUGAUAACACCACCACCAUGGGCGUCAGCAGCCACCUUGACGGCUUCCACUUCAACCUCAACAGCCCCAAGACCAAGCUCGAUAUCGCUGCCGCUAACUCCACCUCAACACCUCCCAUCAAGGUUUCAUAUGCAAGCGGAACCCUGAACAUGGGAUGGUCACACAGCACACCCGGCCGUGAAGGGCACCAUGAAUAUGGAAGCGUGGACCUAGACUUCACCUUCACGGGCACGGCCACCUGGACGCGGGGCCCCAACCCUGAACAACACCCAAACCAGCUCGGGAUGAGCUUCAGUUUUGCGUCCGUGCUCGGGGUCAAGGUCAACCCCAAGAACCACACCAUCUGGGAGCGAAUGUGUGGCGCCAGUGACGCAUUGCCGCCCCAUGCGAAAGAUAUUCAUCCGGAAGCGCCCAAGAUAUCGAUUGACAUGUCGCCGAUGGACUUCUUCCUGACUACCAACUUGCUCUUUCCAGGCGAGCACAUCUUCCACAUGGACGAUCCCGGCCAGACGACGGAGCUGCAGGGAUUGAUGACCCCGCGGGAUACCAUCCUGACUGGCACUAUCAAGCGCGUUGCGGUGUGA